CGCGCAGUUCACGCCAACAGAACCCAAGUCGGACAUCGCAAGUCAGUGUGUCGGGAUGGAGCACACGACGGUCUGCGUGAACAAGUAUACCCUCCAGUUCGAAGAUGCCAAUCUAGAAGCGUCCUUCCAAGCAUUCAGCCACACCCGCAAGAAGACGCUGUGGCUGCGGUCGCUCAUUCCCGCGGCGAUCAGCCACCUUGUAUUCGCUUGGGGCGACAGCCUCGAGCAUGACCCGUCCCGUCUCCAGGUCACACUGCCCGCGCGUCUGCUGCUUAUCGUCAUGCAGUGCUCGACGUACUUUCUCGUGAAAUGGGACCUGGUCAAGGCCGACGAGCAGCUCAUGUUCGCGUUGGCGCUGUGUCAUGGCAUCCCCACGCUGCUCUUAUUCACUUUGCAGCACGCGAUGCUCCAUCAAUGGGAUGCGCUCUUUGUCGUGUUUGGCCUGUCGUUCUACACGAUUCCCAAGGUCACGCCGCUGGGGUUUGUGUAUUCGACGAUGGGCAGCACCAUCACGAUGGUCGUAUACUUUGCCAUUGCGCUGUUCUGUCGACCCCCUCCCGAUAAAAUUGAGAUUGUCCUCGCGUUCCUGUACUGCGCGCCCGUGAUUUGGAUCUUCAACACAAUCUCCUACUACUCCGAGUACAGCUCCCGCGAACGCUUUGUCCUGCGCCAACGCCUCUCCAACGAGCGUAUCUCCCUUGCGGUGUCCCGGACUCUGCAUCCUUCGUCGGCAUGGACGUCCACUUCUCGCCACCCGCCAGACGUCAGCGGCACCACGCUGUUCCUCGGCGUCCUACUCUGGGGCGUGUUCACAUUAGGCAGCUUCGCGUCGGUCCCAGAUACGUUCAAGUUUGUGGACGAGGAGACUGGGUGGGCUUGGUUUAGUCAUAUUGCGGGCGUCACCGUCUUCUUGCUUGUUAUCACACGACGGCUAACGCUACUCGUGGUGGUGCCGCUCACAGGCGCAGUGCUGCUGUGGCUCAUGUCGUUGGUGCUGUCUGCAAGAUGGAUCAUCUUUUCAGCGCACAGUGUCGGCUACACGCUGCUCGCUGCGUCCGCCAUCUUGACGUUUGGCGUGUUUUCAACCUUCUUGCAAGCCUGGCACCAGCUGGUGGCGUUCCUCCAGCGCACUUGCUUUUUGUACCCGCAGCUUCAGGAUGGGCUUACCCAGGACUUUCCACUGCUCGAUAAAAUCAUGUCCGAGUACCAAGCCGGAUUUGAUCCGCAUGUCCUUGCCGCCGCUCGGCAGUCGAGUCACAAGCAACUGCUGAUUCACCAUCCCAAGGGGGCAACCACAGACGCCGUCGUCGCCCUUCCCCCCGACCACGACGACCACGACGAAGACGAUCAUCACCCGAUGGUGUCAGUGCUCCCGUCAUUCAAAGCAGGCAAAUGCUUUUUCUGCAACAAAAACACCAUCGUGCACUACGUCCCUACAUGUGGCCUGUGGGGCAAAUGGAUGCAUUGGCGAAUGGACGCCAACCAUGUCGUGGCAGCACAACGAGGAAGCAGCAGCAGCGAUAAAGGCGGCGGGUUGAAACCUACUGUGAGCAUGUGCACGUCGUACUGCGACCUUCAGUCCAAGAAUCGACAUUUACAGGAACAAGUAAUAUUAUUCUUCUAGCCCUUUGACUCGAAUAUUUGGACUUUUGUGCUGAUUCGCGAAAGAAUCUAUCGAUCGAUUCGGUUUACCAAUCACACUAAUUUAGGUCGAAUUAGAUGUUGAUGGUGGUUUCGUGCAAUCUGAUUGGCUCGGUCCUUUUGCCGAUUCUUCAAUACAUUUGGUUGUGUUUUCGAUUCAUAUAUUUUCCAUGUCGCUUUAAUUUAGAAUACACACACCAAAAGGCAAAGUGAAGUGUCUGGGAUGAUAUAUAUAUAUAUAUCACUUGUAUUCGUAUAUCAUUGUGGACUACGGAAUGAUAUAUAUAUCUGUUGCCACAGGUUCAACAUGAAAUGAUAUACAUAUCACAUUGUAGAUGCGAACGCUGACGGGGUCUGUGACAUCGUUGAAGAACCAAAUCAAGUUGGUCAAAGAACAUGAAAGCCACAGUCUGGCCGCCACGGUGCAGCUCCAACGCGCGAUGCACGAAAUCGCAGACAAACACAAGCACGAGGUGGAAUGUGUGGCAAAGGCCCAUGCGGCCAAGGUGCAAACCGUGCUCAAGGAGUCCAACGCGACGUUGCUGGCAUUGACCCAGCAACGAGAUCAGCAACGACGGCACGCCCAGCAACUGGAAGCGGCGCUGGACAAGGAAACGCGGCGGCGCAUCGAUGCCGACGCCGCGCAAGCCCAACUCAUGGCGCGCGUAGAGCGGCAGAACACGCGAUUGGCGCAGCUCGAGGUAGUACGUUCAGACAUAAACUGACUAAAUCGACACAACCUGAUGUUUGUAGGAACAACUGCAAACCGAGCGCCGCAAUGCGGCUACUACUAGUAGUAGUAGUACAAGGACUAGUAGUAGUGAUAGUAGUACUACUAUGGACAACGCCAGCCUCGAGAUGUCACGACACGUGCCGAAACUGACGGUGGAGCACUCGCGGCGUCGCAUGCCAUAUGCGCGUGUGUUGGAGAUCGAAGGGCUGCGUGAAUCCGUGGGCAAAUCGUCGUCCAUCUGAUUCUGAUAUAUAUAUCACACCCUGCGGACUGAUUCCGUCUGAUUCCCGUCCAUCGUCCACGAACGAAUGCCAGGACUCGGCUUUCGCAACAUACACGCAGCCUAC